ACUGAUAAAACCCUAGCUAAACCCCUGCACGUAUUUGAAUGCAAACUGUGUUCUAGGAAUUACUCCAAGCCAUAAAGAAUUUCAGCGCCUUUUGGGAUCAACCAAGUAAGUAGCCAAAACGGGUCUUCCUCUGUGGAUGCUUGGGUGGGGUGUGGAUCGGUUACGAGCCGAUAUGAGCCGUUUGCUGGCAAUACUAUUCCACCAGGGAGUGCUAGAUGAGCAAUUCUUGCAGCUCCAGCAGCUUCAAGAUGAAAGCUCCCCAAAUUUCGUAUCUGAAGUUGUCAACAUCUACUUCCAUGAGUCCGAGAAACUUCUACGUAAUCUGAGGGCCCUCUUGUUGGAUAGAGAGUUCUCUGACUACAAGAAAAUGGGAAUCCAUUUGAAUCAGUUCAUGGGAAGCAGCUCCAGUAUUGGUGCCAAAAGAGUCAGAAAUGUGUGCGUUGCCUUUCGCGCCGCUUCUGAACAAAACAACCGUGCUGGGUGCUUGCGAGCUUUGGAGUUGCUGGAGCACGAGUACUGCUACCUCAAGAACAAGUUGCACGAACUGUUCCAAAUGGAACAGCAGAGAGUACUGGCAGCUGGUGUCCGGGACCCACUGCAUCAGCAGCAUUAAAGCCAAAACGAUGACUUUUGGUUUACGUCGAGCUUGUCCACCAGAACCAUUCCUAAUGCCGAUACGCCGAUGCUACUUAUAUAUAUAGUGAAAGAAAAUCAAAGGG